AUGACCAACCAACCCGAAGUUAGCAAAGCCGACAACGAUGCGCUUGAGUCGCAGUUCGAGUCCCAGUUCCAAAAGCCCGGCGAUCUUGUUGAACGCGAUGAUGACACAGGUGCUAUGAGUAUCGAAAGUCUCUGUAUGAACUGUCAUGAACAAGGAGUCACCCGCCUGCUUUUGCUCCGAGUUCCCUACUUCAGAGACAUCAUUCUUGAGAGCUUCGAAUGUGAACACUGCUAUCUCAAGAACAACUCCAUCAAAUCGGCCGGCCAGAUCCAGGAGCGCGGAACAGUCUACACCCUCAGGGUCGAGAAUGAGCAGGAUAUGCAGCGCCAAGUCAUCCGCAGUGAUGUCUCACACUUCAAGCUCAUUACACAGCUCGGCAAGGAGAUCGAGGUCCCCAAGGGAACUGGCCAGCUGACCAACGUGGAAGGCAUGGUUCAACUUAUUCACGAAACCCUGUCGGGAGAGCAAGACCUUCGCAAGGAUCAGGCUCCUGAGCUUUUCGAGGCCCUUGUGCCUAUCAUCGCUAGUCUUAAGAAGAUCCUGGAUCGCGAGGAAGCCUUCCCCUUCACCAUUUCCCUCGAUGACCUCACUGGAAACUCAUGGAUUGCACCCAACAGCACUGAUCGUGGCAACAAGUACACACGCCGUGAAUACCCACGUACACACGAACAGAACGAAGAGUUGGGCAUCGCUGCCGACGCAGAAGCUGUGAACCAUGAGGACACUGCACAAACCGGUGCUGGUGACCCAGAGGACCUUGACAUUGUCGAUGGCCAGGUUUAUUCUAUUCCCGCCGAGUGUCCUGGUUGUUCCAAGGAGGCCCAGGUGAACAUCAAGAAAGUUAAUAUCCCCUACUUUACGGACGUCCUGCUGUUCGGUACGAACUGUGAACACUGCGGCUAUAAGUCUUCUGCUGUUAAGACUGGUGGUGAGGUCCCUGAAAAGGGCAAGCGCAUCACUCUUCAGGUGAACGACGAAGUGGAUCUCUCACGCGACAUUCUUAAGAGUGAUACAGCUGCCCUCAUUAGCCCUGAAUUGGAUCUGGAGGUUCAGCCUGGAACCCUCGGUGGACGUUUCACUACCGUUGAAGGAUUGCUAGUCGAGAUCAAGGAUCAAUUGAAGGGCAACAUUUUCGACGUCGAUGACUCCACGAACUCUGGAGGUGACAGCAUGGAAUCCUCCGAUAAGGAUAAGUGGCAACGAUUCUUCUCUCGUCUCCAACAAGCUAUCGACGGCGAGCUUCCGUUCACCAUCACUCUGCAAGACCCAAUGGCCUCAAGUUACGUUCAGGAUAUUUGCAGCCCGGCUGUCGAUCCCAAGAUCACCACUGAGGAGUAUACCCGCAGUGCUGAGGAGGAUGACGAUCUCGGUUUGACUGACAUGAAGACCGAGGGCUAUGAGCAAGAUGCGGAGACCGCUGAUGAUUCCAAGAAGGAGUAA